UCAAUUUUUGUAUUUGAUUCGAAUGCGUUCGUUGAUUUGUGUACAAUAUCUAUUUAUCUCCAUGAAUUUAUGAUUAGAAUAUCCCAGAAUAAUCGAUUGUUGUUAUUCACUUCCCUUGGUUACCCUCACUUUGGGCGAAACAUCUUCACUUUGUUUCAUCAUAAGGGUAUGUUUGAAAUUGAAAAUGGAUAUAAGGACUCAGAAAUUAGAACAACAGCGCCAAAUAAUGGAGCAGAAAAUGAAGCAAAAAAGAAUGACAUCAGGGAUGAUACAAGCUUCUGAUGUACGACUUCCUUCUGCAAAGUUAAGGACAACAAGUGGUACUAGGAGAGAACUUCACGGUUAUGAUGGCCCCCUUCAAUACACCAUGGGAAGGGAAAAUGGAAAUCCGGAUCAAGUUAUGUCGAUAAUGCAUGAUAAUGAUGAAACUUUUGUGGAAGAUUUGCAGAAUAGAAAUGCCAGUGAUUUACUUGAUAUUGAAGAUGAAGAGUCUUCGCCAAUUGCAGUAACCACCCCUAUGAAUAAUGGAAAUAAUUCUGCUGAUGCUAGAAGAAGUUCAAAUGCAUUGGUAGAGGGGCAAAUGAACAACAUUGGAGGUGAAUUAGAGGGGGAUGUACACGGAAAUAUCGAAAGAUUUGUAACUCAACCAGCCCAACAAAAAGUGCUUUAUAAAUGUAGAAUCACCAGAGAUAGGAAAGGGAUGGAUAGGGGGUUCUAUCCAACAUACUUCUUGCAUUUAGAAAAAGAUUAUGGGAAGAAAGUGUUUUUGCUGGCAGCUAGAAAGAGGAAAAAAAGUGCUACAAGUAAUUAUUUGAUAUCUACAGAUCCUACUGAUUUAUCUAGGAAUGCGGACUCUUAUGUUGGGAAACUUAGAUCAAAUCUCCUUGGAACCCAAUUUACGAUUUUCGAUAAUGGUGUCUCGCCAAGAAAAUCGAAUAUUAAAGAAGGAAUCUUGCCAAGGCAAGAACUUGCUGCUGUUGUUUAUGAUACAAACGUACUGGGCUUCAAGGGGCCCCGUAAAAUGACUGUUAUAAUACCCGGAAUGACUGUGGAACAGCAGCGGGUCAACAUUUAUCCACAGGACGAGACUGAGGGUUUGAUUGAAUCCUGGAAAGCGAAGAAUCUGGAUAAUUUGAUAGAGUUGCAUAAUAAAACGCCCAUAUGGAACGAAGAUACGCAGAGUUAUGUUCUAAACUUCCUGGGGCGGGUAACGCAAGCUUCUGUUAAAAACUUCCAAAUCGUUCACGAUAGUGACGCCGAAUAUGUCGUCAUGCAGUUUGGCCGUGUGGCCGAAGACGUCUUCACGAUGGAUUAUAGAUAUCCCUUGUGCGCUCUGCAAGCCUUCGGCAUCGCUCUCAGUAGUUUCGACAACAAACUAGCUUGUGAAUGAAGUGGGCCUUAGAUUCACUCGAUGUGCCUAGAUAUUUUAAAUAACCGUUUUUUCCCGAAGGAUUCGGCCAUUUUAGAGGAUUCCGGACCAUUCCGUCCACUUGUUAAUUGUGGUCUCGUCUCUGCCUCGAUUUUUCUAUAAGGUUUAUAAUCUGGUAAGUACCCAGAAGUUCGAUGUUUUAAACGUUUUUAAUUUAUUUAUUUAUUGAUCGUAUGUGGAAUCGAUUUUUUCUGAAGUUUUAAAUUGAGUUGAAAAUGUUCAAGUGACCUUACAAGUGGCUGCGUCAAUUUACCUAAAAUGGUGUAAAUUAAUUUUUAUUUUAAUUGGUUACCUUUGUAUGAAAUUUUCGCCUUACAUGAGACGUGAAGACAUUACUAUCUGAAGCUCAGAUGAUAGCUCAUUUUUUUUAAAUGUAGUUUUUUAGUUCUUGGGUUAAAUUCCCAUUGAUUUUUUUUAAGUUCACGAUUUUAUUAUGUUCCUUAUAAUAUUAUAAACAACAGACGUGUAACUUUUGACAAAAUGUACAAAUUUUGUGAACGAUAUUCUUAUGAGUAUUUGCAAUCUAGUCGUUUUAUUAUUGCAUAUGUAUAAUAUAAAGUAAGACUACUUAAGUGUACUUAAUUUCUUCGCCAAUUAGUAUUAUCUAGUUUUUAGUAUUUUUCCGGUAGGAAAUUGAAGGUAGUGUACUGGUCUCUAUACAGGAUGUCUUUGAAGGUGUGUAUAUUUUUUAUCAGAAAGUAGAACUGGUCAAAACGAAGCAUUUCACUCAAAAACAUCUGUAAAAAACUUUUAAACUUACGAAUUUAUUGUUUAUAUGACCAAUGCACACUUCAAUUUUCUAUACUGUCCAACAGCAAGGAUUGAUCGAUUGCGAUUAUAUUUAUAUGCGAAUUUA